UACUUGCUAUUUUUGUCUAAAAUUAAUCGAAAUUCGAACAAAUGCAGGUUAUAUUAGUUAAUAAGACAUUAAUUUGUACGUGACAUGAUUUAGUAAUAGUGAUAAAAUGCCAGGAAUUAGGAAAUAUCGUCGUGACACUACCGAAGUCAGCUGUUGUUUGAAAUAUGUUAUUUUUGGUGUAAAUGUUUUGUUUUGGUUCCUAGGACUAAUCGUGCUAGCUGUUGGAAUAUGGGCGUGGACAGAGAAAGACACCUUCAACAAUCUCUCUAGACUGACUAACAUAGCUUUGGACCCGGCUUUUAUUUUGAUAUGUGUUGGUACUAUAACAUUCAUAAUUGGUUUCACGGGCUGCGUGGGUGCAUUGCGUGAGAACACCUGCCUCCUGGCUUGCUAUGCUGUUUUCCUUGCUCUACUAUUGCUAGCCGAAAUGACUGCGGGAAUCCUCUUCUUUGUCUUCAAAGACUGGAUCAAACAACAAGCUACCAUGGGGUUCCAGACUUUCAUCACGCAUUACAGAGAGGAUCCUGAUCAGCAGAACUUGAUUGACUGGAUACAGGAAGACUGGCUCCAAUGUUGCGGUGUGGAAGGACCCCGAGACUGGGACCGUAACGCGUACUUCAACUGUUCGAGCGGGGCAGUUGGCUCGAGAGAAGCUUGUGGCGUACCUUUCAGCUGCUGCAAAAGCAAACCACAGGACAUAAUUAGAAACAAACAGUGCGGUUAUGAUGUUAGGAAGCCUACUUAUCAAGUAAGCGAGCGUGUGAUCCACGAGCGCGGCUGUAUGGCAGCCGGCGAGGAUUGGCUGCAGCGGCAUUUCGUGCCCGUAGCCGCCGCCGUCUUAGGACCACUCGCGUUAAAGAACUUUGAUAUAGCUAAGAUUAUAUAUGACAAGGGCUGCAUAGAGGCGGCCGAGGAGUGGUUCGACAACAAUCUGUUGAUAGUAGCCACAUCCGCUGUUUGUAUCGCUUUUGCAAAAAUCUUAGGCAUAUGCUUCGCUCAAAACCUCCGCGCGGACAUAUUCGCGCAGAAGGCGAAGUGGCACUGACAAUCAGCCUCUCCUGCCGCCGUGUGACGCCGCGGGCGUCGCGCCGUCGACCCAUACAUCGCGCUCUACGCCCUACACGCCGAUAUUUGCUAAUUCAUAGUAACGAAAAGAACUACGUUUUUAAUUUGGUGGAUUUAGGCUCAACUUACAUUGCUGCGGAACAUGCUAGAAGCGAAUUUUUAUAACGAAUUUGUAGCGUUCGUAACGCAUUAUGUCAUUACAAUCUCUUCCUUCAACCCAAAAAAUCAUUAAUGAUGACACAGUUUUAUUCAUAAUUGUAAACUGGUAAUUUUUAUGUCGGUUUCAAAUCAUUUACUAGGAGAGAUGUGCAGUGGAUUAAAAUCCAAUCACCCCGUUUUAACGAGGUUUUUACCCAAAGCCGGGUUUUAACUCACUUCUGCCUAAAAUCGUGCGCAGAAACGUGUAAAAUAAUACGAAAUAUGGUAUAAUUCCAUAGUUUCAAUAUGAAAAAUCUUUUAUAGACGAAAAAGAGGCAACUUCACACAAUGCCCUACCUAGCAAUACUGUGGACUCUCACUUACAACUAGGGCUGCACAUUAUGAUUCGAUUUUUUGUAAAAAUCGAUUCAAGUGUUAUCGAGUUUUUGUAUAGAUUAAUUUCAAUGCCAUUUUCAAGCGAAUCAAUUCAAUAGAAAGGCGAAUAAUGUUAACAAGCAAUAAACAUUUUGUAAUUAUAAAUAUAUGAACAUACCUUGAUUUACAAAUAUUUAAUUGUAAAUAAGUUUUUGCCCUCGAUUUCGGGCGUUAAUGGGUUAACAAAAUGAAGGGUUAAAACUCGGGUGCUUGCCCAUCUCUGCUUACUAGUGAUUUGAAACUUCUAUUGGCCAAAAUUCAUCACAAAUAUGACUUCCAGAUUAGUAUUAUCAAUAGUAUAAUCGAAUCUCGAGGAAAAAUGUUCAAGUUGUGGUAACUGUAGAACAGUCUUGAGGUGAAAACCUUAAAAAUCAUGUUUUUGUUUGUUGACAUUUAUUCUACAUCGAAUUUGGCUAAGAGUAAAGAUACGAUACCCACGGGGGUUUUUCGGCGCGAAUUUUGGGCUCGUAUCUAGUUUUUACGUUACACAAUUAAAAUACAGUUCAUUAUGUUAGGUUACCAAAAGUAGCUCUCAUUUAAAUCUGCCGCAAUAUAAAUUGAACCUUAUUUUUAAGGUUACAAUAAAAUCUGGGGAGAAAUCGUGACUGAUAUUCUAGACGUACGAUUAUUUCUUAGUUCCGAUAAGUCAUUAUAAUUUUUAGCGCAUAAUUAUGGCACUCGGAUACAAUUUCUUACCUUUGCUUGUUUAUAGUACAUUAGGUGUCUAAGUCUUAGUUAACUCUCCUGUAGUUUGACUGUUGACCGUCAUCAGCAUAACCCUACCGUAGUUAGUGGAAUAGUGGAUGCGUUUCUUUCUCAGAGUCCAUGUGAGUGUCGAACUCAUGACUUUAAAAGUAUUGCCCUUUUUGCAUUGGGUUUGACACACUAGAGUACUGUAUAGUCAGUCUUUUUUGACGACGGAUGAUGACAUUUGUAGGGUUGCCAAUUUUCGUCAAAUUUUAAAUAGUUCUGUACUUGUCGAUAGUUUUAUCGAUAGAUUGUGAAAGAAGAUAAAAUUUUACCAAAAAUUACUGAAUUGUGAAUGUUACGACGUUCUAGUCAUUACUAAUCGAGUUAUUGCCUUCUUUCUUCUUAUUUUGACAGUUGGCCUACUAAUAUCGAGAUCAAUUUUUAUUCAUAUACAUUUUAACAACAAUAGCCGGAUUUGAUUAUCUAUAUUGAAUUAAAAUGAAAAACUUUA